AUGGCAGGUGCAAGGAAUGAGUGGAUAAAUGGGUACUUGGAGGCAAUACUGGAUGCCGGAGGUGACGCUGCUACGAUGAGGAAAACAAAUAAUGAUCAUCCUGGGGGCAACAGCAGACUGAUGAAGCUCUCCAAGUUUCAUGAUGAGAAAGAGAUGAAAGCUCACGGCGUUGAUGAUUGUGAUGAUGAUCAAAAGGAGUUCAAACGAGCACAAGCAGAAGCAGAAGCACAGAGUUACAGUAGUACCUCCACCACCAAUAAGUUGUUUAGCGCUACAAGCUACUUCGUUGAAGAGGUUGUUAAUAGCUUCGAUGAAUCCGACCUUCACAGGACUUGGGUCAAGGUGAUAGCAACAAGGAAUACUCGUGAACGUAGUAACAGGCUUGAAAACCUUUGCUGGCGCAUUUGGCAUCUCGCCCGGAAGAAGAAACAGAUAGCAUGGGAUGAUGCACAAAGACUUGCAAGGAGACGAGCAGAGCGUGAGCAAGGGCGUAAUGAUGCAGCAGAUGAUCUUUCCGAGCUUUCUGAAGGAGAGAAGGAACCUGGAGAUGCCACCCCUUCUGAAUCUGCAAAACAUAUUAGCAGAAUUAACUCUGACAUGCAGAUGUGGUCCGAUGAAGAAAAGCCUAGGCGCCUCUAUAUCGUGCUAAUCAGCAUGCAUGGUUUGGUACGUGGAGACAACAUGGAACUCGGAAGAGAUUCAGAUACUGGCGGCCAGGUAAAAUAUGUAGUUGAACUUGCUCGAGCUCUAGCCAAUACAAAAGGAGUCUACCGUGUCGAUCUCUUAACCAGACAGAUCACUUCACCUGAGGUAGAUUCCAACUAUGGUGAACCAAUUGAGAUGCUAUCAUAUCCGCAAGAUGGCAGUGGUAGUUGCGGAGCCUACGUAAUCCGUAUUCCUUGUGGUCCUCCUGACAAAUACAUACCAAAAGAGUCACUAUGGCCUUAUGUACCUGAGUUUGUUGACGGUGCACUGAACCAUAUAGUUAACAUGGCAAGAGCCUUGGGCGAACAAGUCAAUGGGGGGAAGCCAACUUGGCCCUAUGUCAUUCAUGGUCACUAUGCUGAUGCGGGAGAAGUCGCUGCUCAGCUAUCUGGAGCUCUAGAUGUACCAAUGGUGCUAACUGGGCACUCUCUGGGAAGAAAUAAGUUUGAGCAACUGCUGAAGCAAGGGAGGCUUUCUAGGGAAGACAUAAACUCAACGUACAAGAUUUUAAGGAGAAUUGAGGCUGAAGAAUUGGGGUUGGAUGCAGCUCAGAUGGUGGUAACAAGCACAAGGCAAGAGAUUGAAGAGCAAUGGGGUCUAUAUGAUGGCUUCGAUGUCAAAUUGGAGAGGAAACUUAGAGUUAGAAGACGACGUGGAGUCAGUUGCAUGGGAAGAUACAUGCCAAGAACAGUGGUUAUUCCCCCAGGAAUGGAUUUCAGCUAUGUUACUGCUCAAGAUUCAUCAGAAGAUGAUCUGAAAACAUUGAUUGGGUCUGACAGAACUCCUAAGAAGGUGCAACUUCCUCCAAUCUGGUCCGAGAUAAUGAGAUUUUUCACAAACCCUCACAAGCCAGCUAUAUUGGCACUAUCCCGUCCCGACCCAAAGAAGAACGUGACCACCUUGCUCAAAGCCUUCGGGGAAUGCCAACCUCUGAGAGAAUUAGCAAACAUGAUACUAAUACUUGGCAAUAGAGAUGACAUCGAGGAAAUGUCCACUAGCCCCUCAGUCGUUCUUACAAAUGUACUCAAGCUCAUUGACAAGUAUGACUUAUAUGGUCAAGUAGCCUAUCCCAAGCAUCACAAACAAUCUGAAGUUCCUGAUAUCUAUCGCCUGGCUGCAAAGACAAAGGGAGUUUUCAUCAAUCCAGCUCUUGUGGAACCAUUUGGCCUCACACUCAUCGAGGCAGCUGCAUAUGGGUUACCAAGUGUCGCUACAAAAAAUGGAGGACCAGUGGAUAUUUUGAAGGCUCUUAACAAUGGCCUCCUAGUUGAUCCUCAUGAUCAGAAAGCCAUCACAGAUGCACUGCUAAAGCUGCUUGCUGACAAAAACCUCUGGAAUGAAUGCCGAAAAAACGGUCUAAAAAACAUCCAUCAUUUUGCAUGGCCAGAACAUUGCCGUAACUACCUUAGCCAGGUAGAUCACUGCAGGAAUCGCCACCCAAUGACCCGUCUUGGGAUACCAUCUAUCCAUGAAGAACCAAUGAGCGAAUCUCUAAAAGAAGUCGAAGACCUAUCUUUGAGAUUCUCGAUAGAGGGAGAUUUCAAGCCUGGCUGUGAGCUAGAUGCAGCAACUAGGCAGAAGAAGCUCAUAGAAACAAUCACCCUUAUGUCUUCACCAAGUGGCAGUCCAAGCAUUAACUACAGUCCUGGUAGAAGACAGAUGUUGUUUGUGAUAGCCGCUGACUGCUAUAAUUCUAACGGAGAAAGCACAGGCCAUAUUCAAGACAUCAUCAAGAAUGUGCUACAUGCUGCAGGCCUGAGUCUAGGCUUGGGCAAGGCUGGGUUUGUAUUGCUGACUGGCUCAAGUUUAUCAGAGACAAUGGAAGCGUUAAGAUUAGGUCCAGUAAACGCAGAAGACUUUGAUGCUAUAAUAUGCAACAGUGGAAGUGAAAUGUACUACCCAUGGAAGGAUAUGGUGGCUGAUAUGGACUAUGAAGCACAUGUUGAAUACAGGUGGCCUGGUGAGAAUAUUAGGUCAAUGGUGCUUAAACUAGCUAGGAUUGAUGAUGAAUCUAAUGAUGACAUCGUGGAGUUUGGAAAAGCAAGUGGUUCCAAAUGCUACUCUUAUAGCAUAAAACCAGGAAUUAAGAUUAGAAAGGUUGACACCCUUCGGCAAAAGCUCCGAAUGAGAGGCUUCCGAUGCAACCUUGUCUAUACACGCGCAGCUUCAAGGUUAAAUGUAGUCCCACUAUUUGCAUCAAGAAUGCAAGCUAUGAGGUAUCUUUCAGUCAGGUGGGGAAUUGAUAUCUCUAAACUAGUGGUCAUUGUGGGGGAACAAGGAGAUACAGAUUAUGAACAACUACUAGGUGGCCUUCACAAGACCCUUAUAAUAAGAGGUGUAGUAGAGCAUGGCAGCGAGCAGCUACUUCGCGAAGAAGACAAUCUCAAAAGAGAAGACUUAGUGCCUUUUGAAAGCCCCAAUAUCCACUUCCUAGAAGAGAGUUACGAAGCUCAACAUAUAUUGGCUGCACUAGAUGGGCUUGGAGUAAAAUAAUUUUACAUAUACUUCAAAGGCGAUACCAAGAACAAGUAAAUGUCAUGUGUCAUUGCAUAAUAGAAACCAAAUUUCUCAGAAAUCACAUGGAUACACACUGGCUAUUUGAUUUGAUUUCAAUGUUUAAAUAACAAGUGGAAUCACGUACAAAAAUUUCAUCUUCAUAUCAAAAUGGAUGCCAUAAUCUUCGUAAGGUCAUAUAGGUGACAUGUAGAAUACCUAAUGUGAUUGAGUAGGUUGUGGCUCUGUACGCACUUUAUGAGAAGUAAUGUUUUGGUAUUAAGCAAAAAUGAUGACCAAGAUAUAGUAUUAUCACUAAUUUCAAGAAAUUAAAGUCCGGGAUUAUUCCCACUUACCAUUGUUUUCUUUGUUCGCCUAUGUCAUGCACAAAGGCCCAUUGCUACUCUGUACUCUGAACCACAGAUACAAUUGACUGUGUGAGUAACAUCCUGCAAGUUUCUUAAUCUGCUGUUCCAGUGACUGCAAAUACUCCAACUCCCCAGCUUUAUCAGACAAAAAGGACUCGUAUUCCUCACCAAGGCUUUUCGCAUCCAUUUUCAAUAGCUCAAGCUACAGUUCCUCAGAAUAUAAGGAUAGGCUACCAGAGAAGCAUAAUUGCAUAAAAGAUGCUACCAAAGUAUAAAAAAAAGAAGCAUAAAUGGCAUGAUGCUAAUUGACUACACCCAAUGCAGAUAAUGAACUAAUCUUAUGUUGUUCAGUCCAUGUCCCGAUCUCGGCACAAGAAAAGAGAACUGCAUUGGACAGUUUGAUAAACUGGUAUUACCUCAGUAGUAAAAGUUAGUGAUUGGCAGAUGAAAGACACCCGGGAAAUAUUGCAACUGACUAGGCUGAUUAUAGAUACAAUCAUGUGACCCCAGUUAAUUAGUGUGCCCACAUUAAAAUAUACUAGUAUCAAUACCCAUGGCUACGCCGCGAGAGAUUUAGUUGUGUUUAGUACAUUUAAAAGCAAUAUGACAUUAACGAAAUUAGUUAGAAAUAAUAUGUAGAAAUCCACUACCAUAUUUUUUGUUUAAAAACUUAGACAUCCUUGAUUCCUUGUUAUACCAGACAACUUACAAUCAUAACGAUUCUCUGCUAAACAUACGUUCUACAGAGUUGACUAAAACUGCAUGUAACUCCUCCUUAACUACUUUUGAAAGUCUAUACUGAAACUAUACCCAAGAGAUACCUUGCUACUGGGGACGGGGGCAAAGCAAUACACACAAUGAUCAACCAAUAUUCCACAUGAAAGAUAGGUUGGCUAAUGGAGAAAUUGUGGGCCAUUCUAUAAAUUUCAGGUAGUCCAUCAGCUAGCACUUUAUCUUUCAAAGCAUGCAUACAUUCUGUAAUAGAAAAUAUACCCACAUCAAAACCCCAUCCCAACCUCCAGUUCCUUAGCCCAGACCGCCAAAACUAUUCAUCUUUCCUUCUGCUUCUUUUUCUUUUGCAUUUCAUUCAUUCUGUUACGACUGGAAAAUUUAAAGCUCUCUUUCCUCUCUCCAACGGUAGAGAAAUGAAUGUCCGGAUCAGAAAGAAAUCCAACCAUCAUACUGCCACAAAGAGGUUGUGUCCAGAACCUGAAAGCCUCUGCCAGGAUCUUCUGCAUGAGGAAUUGACUUGUAUCCAGUUCUGGCAC